AUGGUGUUAGCCCAAAAUUCGACCUUUACAAAUCCUGUUCUACCAGGCUUCUAUCCAGAUCCGAGCUGCAUUUUCGUCCAAGAGCUCAACCACACGUUAUUCUGUGCUUCGUCCAGCUUCUUGGCAUUUCCGGGUCUACCCAUCACAGCCAGCCAAAACUUACAGGAUUGGUCACUCAUCAGCAAUGCAUUCUCUCGCCAAGACCAGUUACCUGACUUUGCAGGACCUCUGACGGAGACGGGGGGUAUUUGGGCGCCGACUUUACGAUUUCGAAAUGGCACUUUCUUCUUGACAUCCACUCUGGUUCUGGACUACCUGCCUGUCAACGACUCAUCUCGAUGGAGGAACUUCAUUCUGACGACUACCGAUCCUUAUAAUUCAUUGAGUUGGUCUCAACCACUUUUCUUUGAAGCAAACGGAUACGACUCUAGCCUGUUCUGGGACAGCGAUGGCCAGACUUAUGUAACAUGGGCAGGAUACCCCGACGUGCUUCCAGGCAUAUUUCAAGCCGUUAUCGACCUCAAGACAGGCGAAAUUGGACAAGCUUUAAAUAUUUGGAACGGCACGGGUGGCGAAGCUCCAGAGGGGCCACAUAUCUACAGAAAGGACGGGUUCUACUACCUAAUGAUCGCAGAAGGGGGCACGUUUCUUGGGCAUAUGGAGACAAUUGCUCGAUCUCGAAAUGUCAACGGACCUUACGAACCAAAUCCGGGGAAUCCCAUUUUGACCAACGCAAACACGACGGAAUAUUUCCAGGCUGUAGGUCAUGCUGAUUUGUUCCAGGAUGUCAUUAAGAAUUGGUGGGGAGUCGGGCACGCUAUCCGCAUCAACUUCGACAACAAAGCCAUUCCCAUGGGACGAGAAACUGUGCUUUUCCCCGUGACAUGGGACACAGGAGAGUGGCCUGUGAUGUCUCCGGUCCGAGGUAGGAUGUCUGGGUGGGCCUCUCCAUCACCUGUGAACAACCUCGUGCACUCUUACACCACAGUUGUGGUAGAUGACAAUAUCGAUUUCGUCAAGAAAGAAAGGCCCAAACAUUUGGUACACUGGCGUUAUCCCAACGAUACUCUUUACAAUUUCACACCUACCGAGGAACACUGUGGUCUUCAACUGCUACCUUCAGCAGGGAAUCUUUCUUCUACAAAAUAUAAUGACGGUGCCAGCGAUGCAGUCACACUUCUGCUACGUCGUCAAUCGCACAGCUUCUUCACCUUCAGUGUUGACUUCGACAUCAGUCAUAUGAGUGACGUAGACGAAGUUGGUGCGACAGUGUUUAUAAGUGAGGCAACUCACUUUUCCCUCGGGAUCACGCAACCUGCGUCGGCUGAGACCAACGGUACCGCGAGGAAAGCGGCACAACUCCGGUUCCGAGGUAAUUACAACGAUGUAUCGACUGAAAGAGUUGUUCCUACUAUGUUACUGCCGGUCUUGGAGGAGCAAAGAAUGACGCUGGAAAUCAAGGCAUGCAACACCACACACUACGCAUUCUCCGCUUCGCCGACAGCCCAUCAAUCAGCAAUGAAAAUCGUCGACUACGCCCCAGCAGCUCUGUUACGGCCAAUCUUCACCGGUGCUUUGGUAGGAAUAUACGCGACUUCUAAUGGGGAAAACUCCCGAGGUCACAUCUGUAUCCCUGGUUGGAGAUAUCAAGGGGACGGUCAGCUGAGAGAUUGA